AUGAAAAUUGACUUGCGCGGCUCCAAGAAAUUCAACCGCAACAUCGCGGAUGGCACCUCCAAGUAUGGCUCGGGCAUGUUGGGACUCUUCCGACCGGCUAAUGAGCGACAUAUCGUGCAAAAUUGCAUCGAGCUGUACCGCGAACUUCAGCGAAAAGGCUUCGAUAUUGGAUUGCACGAGUGCGGCAGUCUCAAUUUGGCUAACAGCAAGGAUCGGAUGUUGUCCCUGCAGCGACGAGCCAAUCGAUAUAAGCCUACUGGUCUCGAUUGUCAUGUCCUCGGUCCAAACGAGCUCAAAGAAAAGCAUCCCUAUCUCUACACGGCUGAUCUUCAAGGUGGUGUGUGGGUACCCGAUGAUUCCACCGUACACCCCAAGAAGGUCUCAGAGGCCUUGGCUUAUCAGGCCUACAGUGGUGGAGCACGUUUUGUGGGUGACUGCGGGGUGAACAAGGUCACUACCACCAAAUGCGACCGUUUAGGACCCAAUUCCAGUGGCAACGUGCGCGUUUCUGGGGUCGAGACUGAGAAGGGCUUCAUAGAGUGCGACUACUUUGUGAAUUGUGCCGGAAUCUGGGCUCGCGAAAUCGGCCAAUUAAGUGAGCCUAUCGUCAAAGUUCCCGUUUGUCCGGCCGAGCACUUCUUCCUUACGUUUAAGGAGAUCCCCGAGAUGAAAGACAAACAGCUCCCGAUUGUUCGAGAUUACGAUAAUCAUACCUACUUUCGAGUUUGGAACAAUUCGUUCCUCAUGGGCACGUUUGAGCGGGAAGCCCGGCCAUGGAACGUCAAAUCUGAAACGGGGUGGAAUAACGUUACGGAAGAGCACUGGAUCCACAUGUCACCGUACAUUUCCGCGGCCACUCGACGGAUGCCCAUUCUAAAAGAGAGCCAAUAUGAUUUUCUACUCAAUACGCCCGAUGCUUUCACCCCCGAUGGGAAAUGGAUUCUAGGCGAAGCCCCUGAGGUGGGGAACUACUUUGUUUGCGCUGGGAUGAAUGGGAACUCGCUUCAGGGUGCGGGGGGUGUGGGAAAAGUGACAGCCGAUUGGAUGGUGAGAAAACAUCCUCCGGGCAACAUGCUUUCGUUCGAGGUGCAAAGGUUCACGAAUUUGCACAACAACAAAAAGUUCCUGUACGAGAGGGCAUUCGAAGUCUAUCCUAUCAUCAACGAGUUCAAGCGCGGACGGAAAAUCCGAACCUCGCCGAUUUUUAGCGAACUCGAGGCACGAGGGGCCGUUUUUGGUGAACGCAUGGGUUGGGAGCGACCUCUUUACUUCAACCCAUUUCACAGCCGUGAUGACACGCCAGCACAAUUGCCGCAUUUGGGCACUUUCGGCAAACCCGAAUGCUUCGACCAAAUCGAGGAAGAAUAUCACGUUUGUCGCGAAGCUGUCGGUAUCAUCGACAUGUCGUCCUUCUCGAAAUUCGUCAUCAAUGGCGACGAACACGCUUUAGUGGAGUAUCUGCAAAACUUGUGCUCAAAUAACGUGAACAUUCCUGUGGGUGGGAUAAUUCCUACCGGCAUGCUCAACGAGAAAGGUGGCUUUGAGAACGAUUGCAUGUUAGUAAGAAAACGUAAGGAUUCCUACUUCAUGGUUUGUCCAACGCAACAGCAAACCCGAAUCCUCGAAUGGAUGGAGGGCCAUCUACCCCGCAACAGCAAUAUCGGCCUCUCCGACGUGACCUCGUUGUACACAGUCCUCACCCUGGCCGGUCCCAAGUCCACGGACCUCAUGGAGGAACUGACCAACUCGUCCAUGACCAUGCAGCCGUUCACCUUCAAGUACGUGAACAUGGGCUAUGCUUCUGGAGUGAUGGUGCAAACCGUCACCCAAACGGGCGAACCCGGUUUCAGUCUCUACGUUCAAUCGGAUCACGCUCUCCAUCUCUACGAUCGAAUCAUGUCCGUGGGCCGGGAUUAUGGUAUACGGAAUGUGGGCCAUUUGGCCAUGAGGUUCCUCCGGAUUGAGAAAUUUAUCCCGUUUUGGGGCGAGGAACUUACGUCGGAGUCAAGUCCCAUUGAAGUGGGUCGGACCUUCAAGGUGAAAUUCGACAAGGACAAUUUCAUCGGCAAAGACGUGCUAGUCAGGCAAAGAAAAGAGGGUGUGGUCAAGCGCUUGGUGCAAUUCCAACUCAAGUCGUUCAACAAGGAUACUCAGAAUUGGCCUUGGGGCGGGGAGGCGAUCUUCCGGAAUCGUGAAUUUGUGGGGGUCGUGACAAACUCUGCCUACGGCUUCACAUUGAAAAAGAUGGUUUGCUUGGGGUUCGUACAGCACCCCGAAACCUUCAAAGGCCAUGUCACAAGAUUAGAUGGGAACUUUUUCAACGAUAAAUCAGCAGAAUGGUUCAUCAACGUUGGGGGAGAUAUGCAUCCCGCAACUUGCCAUUUGUUUCCACCUACCUUCCAAAAGGUGGGUACAGAAUUAGAGCAAAUGGAGUCAGCUCAUAACGCUAAGCCUCCAAAACCGGGUCAUGCCCCCAAGAUGAGCGUCGUUCAGAAGAAGCAGAAAUAAUUUGAAUACAACCCUCAAUGUGACGCAAGUUUCCGAGCAUUGUGAAUUCUCAUCCUGAUACAUUGAAAUCCAUCCUGUGUUGUCAGAAUAAGAAGUGUUAUUUCUCUUUGA